AUAAAAGGAAGAAGAAGGAGAUGACGUACGCCGGAAAUUUCGUGUAAAUAGCCACAACAAACAUGGCGGACGAUCAGUCAGAGGCCGAUCAGCUGAUGGAGGGACACACACCUGUGUCUGAAAACCCUCAUGCAGAGUACGGCCUGACAGACAACAUCCAGAGGACGGUGGAGAAUGAGAAGGCCAGUGCAGAGAAGAUGUUGAAGCAGAAGGUGGACCUGCAGGCGCUGCCCACCAGAGCCUACCUGGACCAGACGGUGGUUCCCAUCCUGCUGCAGGGGCUGUCAGUGCUGGCCAAGGAGAGGCCGCCGAACCCCAUCGAGUAUCUAGCAGCGUUCCUGCUGAAGAACAAAUCCCAGUUUGAGGAGAGGAAUUAAAGAAACCUUUCCUCCAGCAGAAGCUUGUUAACCGACCGCUAGAUUCUUUUUAGAAUUCUCAAUAAAGCAGCUGAAGUGA